AUGAUGGCUCCAUUGGUACGGUUUUGUCUUCCUAUGAGCAGUCUCGGGCACUCAUUGAUCAAACUACAGAAAUUCCAUGCGGACCGUAAUUUUGCGGACAACGUUGCCCUCUUCGUCAAGUCUCCCGCUGCUGUCGGUGGAAACCAGUAUCUGUCGAGUUUCGGGAACGUGUUCAAUGAACUGCGUGCCAACAAUCCUGAAGCACUGGAGACGCUCGCGCGUGACUUUCCAUGGCCAGGCGUUAUGAACGAUGAACCGGUCACUACAUACACGCCAGUCAUGUUCGAGCAGAUGGGUCGCAUCUUUUGUCAGAUCGUUUAUCGCGUCUUCGAGAAAACCGCUAUAUUGAGCAAGGCGCAAUGGAAUGCACUAGACGCCAUGGAGAAGGUGGCCAACGAACACUGCAUCGAGUUGCAUCCCAAACCUGGCGACAUGCAGUUCUUCAACAACCUUGGUUUGCUCCAUGCUCGUAGAGCGUGGAUCGAUCGACCGGGUAAGGAGAGACACUACUAUCGAAUAGGAUUCCGUGACCCCGAGCUUGCCUGGGAGCGACCGUCUCAAUACGCAUGGCUCUUCAACGACCGUCUCGAAGUUCCAAAGUCAGAUCAGACUAUUCCGUUUACCGACUUUGAUCCGUACGGUGCGACAGCUCUCGGUGGGGCCGGGCAUGGAUAG